AUGGCCACCGAACUUUGGUACGUAAUCACCUCACCUACUCCUUUUCCCAGCAUUCCGACCAUUGUGCCCUCUUUCACUUGUGAUCCCACCCUCGCCGAUGACACCAUCGAGCUCCAAGCGACCCUCAAGCCCUUCUUCGGUGCCCUUGGCUGCACCUCAGCCAUCGUCUUCACCUGCUUCGGAGCUGCCUAUGGAACUGCCAAGGCUGGUGUCGGUGUCUGUGGAAUGGCCGUCCUCAGACCUGACCUGAUCGUCAAGAACAUUGUCCCCAUUGUCAUGGCGGGUAUCAUCGGUAUCUACGGUCUGGUCGUGUCGGUCCUGAUUGCAAACGACUUGGGACAGAAGGUCCCCUUGUACACUGGUUUUAUUCAGCUGGGAGCAGGUCUCGCCGUCGGUUUGGCUGGUAUGGCAGCUGGUUUUGCCAUUGGUAUCGUUGGUGACGCAGGUGUUCGAGGAACUGCUCAACAGCCCCGUCUCUAUGUCGGAAUGAUUUUGAUUCUCAUUUUCGCUGAAGUCUUGGGUCUGUACGGUCUUAUCGUUGCUCUUCUGAUGAACUCCCGUUCGAGGAUCGACGCCACCUGCUAA